UGUCGCUCUAUUCUGAAAAAAAAGAUUCAUUUCGCACUGUCUGUCACGGCCUCGACUUCUCAGUGUACAGUGUAGAAAGAUGGCGGCUGUUGUAAAGGUAGUGUCACGCGAUGUUGAUCUGUGAUGUGUUAAACUACGGCCAAUAAUGGAUAAUAAUUCAUUCAAGUGACAGUGUGGAUUACCCAAAAAGCCAAUUAAGAGCUGUGUUCUUGUUUAAAAGUGUUUUAUCAAUUGCAUAGAGUUACUCUACAUCAAAAUGCGUGAGUUCAAAGUGGUCGUACUUGGAUCGGGUGGGGUUGGCAAAAGUGCACUUACUGUCCAGUUUGUUUCCGGAUGUUUUAUGGAAAAGUACGAUCCGACAAUUGAAGAUUUCUACAGAAAAGAAAUCGAAGUGGAUAAUUCGCCAUGUGUUCUCGAAAUCUUGGAUACCGCUGGGACUGAACAGUUUGCAAGUAUGCGUGAUCUCUACAUCAAAAAUGGCCAGGGCUUCGUUGUGGUGUACAGCUUGACAAAUCACCAAACAUUUCAAGAUAUUAAAACAAUGAAAGAACUAAUCACUCGAGUUAAAGGUUCUGAGCGUGUUCCAAUUCUUCUGGUUGCCAACAAAGUUGAUCUUGAACAUCAAAGGGAAGUCUCGACUCCGGAGGGGAGUGCCUUGGCACAAAUGUGGGGCUGUCCUUUUAUUGAAGCGAGUGCUAAGAACAGGACAAAUGUGAAUGAAAUGUUUGCAGAAAUAGUGAGGGAAAUGAAUUUCAGUCCGGAAAAAGAAAAGAAAAGCUACUGUUGUACGGUGCUAUAGAUUGUAAUAUUAACUUGUAAAUAUUCGUGGAGUCUGAAGACUUGGAACAAUUUUAUAUAUUGUAAUGACGAGCUGUUUUUGUCUGUUUAUAAACACAGGAUGAAUAAAUUGGUUUUCAUCAGUCACUUGAAUAUGUUUUAAAUGUUAAAGAUAGACCAGGUAUAUUACAUAGUCAUUGAAUUCCAAUAUUUAAACCAGUUUGAUUUGAAUCCAUCCAUUUUGUCAAUAAGAUGAAAAAUAUUUGUAGGAAAUGGUUUCAUCAAAUACAUACUACAUAUCUUAUAUAAUUCUAUUGUGACUACUCAUCAAAAUUAUAUCAAAUUGGAAUGAAGUAAUGUCAACCUUAGAAGGAUUUGAGAUAGUUACCAAGAGUUUAUUCAUUUGGGCCUACAUUAUUGUAUUGUGAUGUUAUCUCUGACCAAUUGAUUUAAAAUGUAGUUAUUACCAUUCAAAAGGCCUAUGUAGUUUUAUUAUUGGUUUUACAGAAAUAAAAUGUUUAUUUAAAACGAAGUUGUAAGAAGUUAACAGAAAUACAUAAUUUGUGGUAGAGAAAGGCCUAUUUUGUGAUUAGCAUAAAACAAUUAUCAUCAUUUGAACUUUGUACUGUGGCUACAAAUUGGUUGAAUAGUCAAAAAUGGAAAAAUCCAUAAAAGAAUAUCGGUUUUAGAGAAGGAAUAGUUUACUUGUGAAGGUUUUAAAAUCAAUUCUGCAGGUCACAAAUUUAUUUUGAUUCAGCAAUUAUUGAUUCUCAUUCUUGAUUAUGCUACCUACCUAAUAGUUAAGUAAAUUAUUAUUACUUCAAUAAUCUGUAUAGUAAUCAGUGAAUUGCUAGUGUAGGUGCUCUAGUCAUGUAGAUGUCUCUUUCAAAAAAUUAACAAUUUUGUAUACCUAACUUAGUUUCUUUUAGUUUUAUUUGAAAUUGUGUUAACACAUUCAAAUCAUCAUGUUAAUAGCACCGAAAUCAAGGCAGAUUGAUUUCAUGUGUUGAGUCAUGUCUCAUAAUAUUUGAAAAAUAUAUGUCCCUCCUUCAUUAUUUUUAUUUAAGAGUGCCAUUUUAUUCAAUGAUACAAUUCUUAUAAAACUAUUUUCAAAUUGAAAUAUUUGUCUCCUUUCUCAAGGUUUUUUAAAUAAUCCUGCUCAAGAAUACUUUUUCAGCCUGUCAAUAAUCAAAAUACACUUAUUUUAUCAAUUGAUGAAUUUCACUCUUUUUCUGAUGGCUAUUUUAAAAUAUAUUGGAUACCAGAAAUAAUUAUUUCGAUACUACUAACUCACUCGUAAAAGGUUUUUGUAUCUUCAAAAUUUAUUUUAUUUUGCUAGUAGUAAGGUACUUCUGGCUCACUUAACUCUAUUAGACCUUAAUAUAUUUCUCAAACACUUGAAUUCCAUGUUGAUUAUUUGAAGCACUUUGAAUUAAUCUCAGGUCUCAUGAAAUGCUGUCAAUAUUCUAUUUUAUUUAUUUUUACUAACAAUAGAAUCAAUUUUACUUUUUACAAUUAUUUGUAACGUGUUGUGAAGUGUAUUCUCAAACUAAUAAUUUAUAAGAUUGAAGGAACUUUUUGAUUUGCUCAAAUUGUAGCAUGUAGGCCUAAUGGUUGUAAAGUGGAUACAGUAGGCAUGUUCCAAAAAAGUGAAAGAUGAAAUUGUGUGGGUGGGUCUACGCCUUGUGUUUCAAGUGAUGCCAGCAAUUUUAAGUGAUUUUUCUCGGAUACACUGAAAUCAACUACUUUAUGGAUUAAUUUUUUUCAGUUGCAUAAAGGAUUAUUUGAAGGUAGGAAAAGGCAUUUUCAUUCAUGAUCUUACAUUCAUUGAGAAAAUUACAAUAUUUAUGAAUUCAUUUUUAUUCAUAUAGUGAUUCAGAGAAGAUGUUAUAAAUAAGCUAAGAAUAUAAUGAUUAAAAUUGUUUACUAAAACUGAAAAGUAACUAAGUUAGCCUAUAUUAUUCCCAUUAACUUUGGCUUAACCUAAAGUAUUAGUGACACUAAAAUUCAAUAGCCUAUUUAUGGUGCAUAAUAAUAUUUUGUAGUUGGAAAAUUAAAUUAAAAUCUUUGAAUUUUCAAAUGGCCAUAUCCAGCGACUAGUGCUUUUUGGAUUAGUUUUGCUCAAGGCAAGUGAAAAUACAUAGAAUGUAAGACUUGUUAAUUUCAGUGUAUUCAACUAGCAAUAAUUGCUAUCAUGGUAUCAUGAGUUUAUGAGUUUGAUUACAACCAUGGCCUGUGAACAAUAUUAAUUUCAAAACAAAAUUUUACUGUAUAUAGAUUUAGAGCCAAUGUGGUAAUCUACAAGAAUAUCACCUCUUCUUCUACUGAAAUGAAGAAGAAGAAGAAGAGCAGUCAUGCUUGGUAGAGCAGUAUGCCAGCUUAUUUCGAUCCCCAAUCAACUUUGAAGUACAGUCCAUCCAUAUUCCAGGCGUUUCACUAAUAUUGUGAUACUCCCUUACUAUUUUAUUUAUUUUAUAUUUUAUUCACAGUCAAUAUUAACAGAUUGAUCCCAUAGCGUCUAAUUUACAUUCAUGUCCUUUCAAUUAUUAAAUAAAACAAUGUGAUAAUAUUUUAUUCACUAUUCCCCAGUUUUUAAUUUAAUUACAGUAUUUCCAAAAAAAAUAAGUAGCUUAUACAAGUUUUUCAUAACCAUUAAAAACCCCAUUCUUGCCAGGACAUUUUUCCUUCAUUUGGCAUUUCAUUUUUUAAUUAUAAUAUUUUGUUUCAAAAUAACUUUUUAUUCAAAUUGAAUGAAAUUAAAAAAAAUCCUAAACUAUCGUCAUGUGAACAAUAAAUACUGUAGUUCUAUUGUUAUAUGGACCAAGUUUUAUCAUAAGAUGAACAAUAGACCUAGCAAGUUUAAAAAAUUCUUGUCACAACUCAAGCAGUUCCUGAUGCCUUUUUGUCAAUUUCAACUCAAUAAAUAACUUAGUAAUUUGCAUUUUUGAUUCAUGACAGAACAAUUCAAUUUACUUAUUGAUCCAAUUAAUACUCUAUUCAUUACAAUACCCCAUUGAGCUAAAUUUUCAUCACUAGUCUCUGGAUUUGAAGCCAAUUUUUCUAACAAAUGUCCGAUUAGUCUAUCUUUAUAAUCAUGAUUGCUGGAAUUUACUAGUGCGUUAGCCUGCUACUUGACAUCCAUUCUAAUAAAUCUCAUUUUUCAAUCUAAAUUCUGUGCCAAAUAUUGAUUCAAUUAAAACAUGAAUAUGUGAUUAUUUAGCAUUGGAAGUUUCUGAAAUGUUCAAUGCCUUACACCCCUAUUGAGAAAAUUCACCUGAUUAUUCUCUAUUUCAAUAAAUAAUUGUACCUAAACCAUGUAUUAAUUUGUUAAAAUUAUCAUGAUCGAUGAAAUUUCCAAAAUAUUUAGUACGGCAGUUUAAUCUUCUUUUUAUGAGUAAAUUGUCACCCUAAUUAAUGUCCAUGUAUUGUUCUUGGCAUAUCUUUUCAUGUAUUCCAAUAAUUGUGGCCUAAUAUUUAAAUAAAAGCUUGAGGGAUUAUAAGUCAAAUAAUUUUCCAAAUUAUUAAACUUUAAUCAUAUUAUUCAAUUUGUAAUUGAAGUUGAACAAAUUAUUAGUUUUAACUUUCAACUAUUUUAUUAUUAGCCCAUAAUAGACGAAAAUCCUUUCUCAAUUUUUAUUUAUUAGAACUUAUUAACUAUAAGUUAAAAUAUAUCCAAUUACUUCAACUAUCUUCAAAAAAGUUUCACAUUUCAUGAAGACUGAUAUGAUUUUCGAAUUUCAAUGGACUUGAAGAAUUCAACCCCUAUUUUUAAUACCGUAGUAAUGUAAAAUUAGCAUUUUCUUUCCUAUACAGUAUAAUUAUCCAUGUUCUCUUCCAAAAUGGUUGUUUAUUUGCAUAAUAUUCAUUUGUCUGAAUCAAUCAAUAUAAUAUUGUAUGAAAUAUUCAGAGAAAACUCCAUAUAAUAGACCUACGCUCAAAAUAUUGAGAGCAAUUGAAGAAGGACCAUAAAAUAGUUCUGGUUGGAAAAGUUUAUCAUGUCAGGUUGAAAGAUAACUAAAAAUUAUUGUUUAAGAAUCCAAAAAUUGAAACAAAACUUAUUAGUCUUUUAAAAAAGCUCUAGAAGUUUUUUUUCCAAUGUUCUACCGUGUUUCUAUCCAUCUUUUUAAAGGUAUGCACUAUAGAGUAAUUCUUUCAAUUUUGAAUACCAUUGGACCAAAUUUUUAUGUGGAAUUUUAAUCUCUCCAAAUCAUAAAUAAUUUUAUUCCUAUGGAAAAUUGUCUUGAAAAAUGUAUCUAACUCCCAUAUGCACCAUCUUCGUUUAAUGUUAAUAUAGUAUUCAGGUUUACAUGAAGAUAUGGUUGUAUUCGUGCCUAGAAUACAAUGUAUUCUAGGCAAUUAAAAAUUAGUUCAAAAAUGAAAACGCUACUGUAAUCUAUUCAAUUUUUUAAUUAUAAUCAGUAAAAAAUCCCCCAAUUUUCCUAUUCGUUGAAAUCAUUUUAAUUUCAUUAGCAGAAGAAGAAAUUUCUUGUUUUGUCUUGUAUUUUAUGGAGUCAAAAGCAAAACCUUCGGAAAUACAUGUACAGCAUAAUUAAGGAAUUCUCUUAUCAUGUUAUAAUCAUCUUAAAAUGAAAAUACACAGUAGUAAAAUGAUGCUCCCGAAUGUAAGUAGAGAAUUGGUUCCUUAUCAGUAGCAACUCUUUUUUGGAAAGAUUCACAAGGAUGAGUCAUGAUGCCUUUUUCUUUAUAUAAUAAUUUAAUAUAAUACCUUGUACUUUUUUGAACAAUAUUUAUUGUGUUGCGAGUCCAAUAAGAAGUGUUUUUGCACAAAUUCCCUAAAACUUAGGAUCUGAAAGACUUAGAAGGCCUACAUUGGAACCAUCAGGCCACCGCCAGCCAUAUUGUUAGAAUAAAAUUAUUGACUGUUAUUAUAAAAAUAUCUUGAUAAGAUGAGCUUGAUCAAAUUCAUUUAUCAAUAUUUGACAUAAUCUUUAGAGGUUGUUUUAAUGUACUUGAGUUACAUUUUAAACCUGAUAUUUGCAUUUGGAACAGAUAAUUGCAUUGGAAGUGACAGUUCACUCACACUGCGUUUGUGCGUUGAUAAGUUGAUAGAUCAAAUAUUUUCGUACUAGUAUGAGUAUGUAGACUAGUUGUACGUUUAUAGAUUAAUACGUAAUGUAAUGUUUUUUAAAUAACACCAACUGUUAUAAUAUUAAAGUAUCAUUGUAUUUAAUGUCAACUUCGAAUGAUCAAUUUUCUUUUCUGUGUUAGAAUAACAAGAAAUAUUUAUGAAAUGAGACGAAUGAUAGGUUUUUUGAUCCACCUAUUCACCAAUAAUUAAUACUUGAACCCUUCUGCUCAUCUCCCACUCAUUUUAAAUUAUAAUAAAUUAAGACAACCAAAGAAUGAACUAUUCGCAUUAAUUGUAUCAUAAUUCUAAUUUUACGUUAGUCAAGUAAUAUGAAUGUGAUAAAACAUCUACUAAUAGGACUUGGUAAGAAAUUGAAAGAUCAAUUAAAGAGUUCUGCCUUUCUUUUUGCAUUUAGGAUACUGUAAUAUUGUUGAUUUAAUAACUUGAGUGGUACGAUGGGAUCUCAUUUAUUGUAAAUUUCAAUAACUUUUAUUCUAUUUGUGUGUUAUUUAUCAAGUGACCAAUCAUCAUUCUGAUGAUAUUCUGUUUUCUUGUAAAUAUAGGGUUCUACUCCUUCAGAGAUCAUGUAGUAGAGAACUUGAAUCAAAAAGAUCCUCAAAAUGUUGUUCACACAUUUCAAUCCAAUGAGUAAAGUUGCUUCAGAACACAAAACCAUAAAACUCUUUCUAAUGCAAUUUCCUCAUUUGUUUUUGAAUCCUAAUUUUGUAAAAAUGAGAAUCCCAUAUUCAAAAAAUAAGUAUUAAGUGUCAAAAAUGUUCUUUCUCGUUUGAAGUAAACACAUUUUAAAUAUUAUAUUUCUUCUUUUCUCACAGUUUUAGAAUUUCGAAAGUAAUUAUUUUCUAAGAAACCUCUAUUACCUUUUUAAAGACAGAGCUAGGUUGAAUUUCAUUAAUUGUUCUUGCAAUUUUCUCACUUGACAUGAAUAAUAUUUAUUGAAACUCAAACACUUCGUUUGAGGAAAACGCUCUGAAUAAUAUUUGCUGCUACAAUAACUUUUCUUCUUUGGCAAAUGACUAGCGAAAUAUGAGUAUUUUUCCUAUUGAAUACUUGAGUCUGUUGCACUAAUUAGAUUACAAAUAUUUCAUUCCAACUGUUCCACAUUGUUGACAACUUUCAUUUUCAAAAUUUGCUUGCGUUCUUGAGAAUUUAAUUAGUUUCAUUAGAGCUUACAAAUUGUACUGGAACAUCAGGCAGAUUUGUUAUAAUAAUAUGAUGGAUAUUAUUUAAUGAAUAUUCAUUUACUUGUUUAGAUACGCCCUUGUAUGUCUUUCCUCAACCCAAUGUAAUUUAAUAUUUAAAAGGAAGGAAACGUUUCUAUGUGUUAUUCAUGUUUAUUGUAUCAGCCGUCUAUGGAAACAAUUAGACUAGGUACGUUUAUAUAAUAUAGGUAUGAUAUUAUUGCUGUAAUAGUUAUAUGAUGUGUUUAUUUCAGUCAGCUUCUUGCUUCUCAAACAUUUGGUGUAUAAUGUUUUUAUUGUAAAUUGUGUACAUUCUCAUAUUUAAACGCAGAGGUAGAAUAAAUCAAUUCACUAUGAUUCUACGCGUCUGACAAUGUUUUAUAACUUUCUAUUUUCUUGUAAAUAAAUCUAUGAUUUGAAAAAGUUGUAUAUUAUCGAUGAAUUUAUAGAUAUAUAUAUAUAAAUGUGAAUUAUCAUGAAUAAUGUAAUGAAAUAAUGAUUGUUUGAGAUCGUGAAUAUAUAUAUUGAGAUUGUCGUUUGUAUGCUGAGAGCUCUUUUGAUCUUUAUAAUGAUGACAGCAUUGAAAAGGAUAGUUAUCAAAUUCAAACUAGCAUACGUGAAAAUUUUUAAUGUAUUGUAUAGUAUAUAAAAUAACGUGAAGAGUAUUAUGUUUUAAUACAUGGAUUUUAUAAAGAA